CUUCAUGGCGGGCCGGGCGCUGCCGCUGGCGCUCUUGCUCCUGCUUGCCCUGCUGUGCGCCCGGCCGAGCCUCUGCGGCACCGCUCCAGCCUCCUCCUCACAGCCCGUGACCGCUCGGCUGGCGGCGAAGUGGCCGGCGACCCCGCUGCUGCUGGAGGCGAGUGAAUUCAUUGCAGAAGAUGGUAAUGAGAAGUUUUGGCAGUUCUUGGAAACUGUACGGGAAUUAACAGUUUAUAAGCAAGGAGAUUCAGAGUAUUCCUAUUACAAUUUAAUCUUGAAAAAAGCAGGACAAUUUUUAUCCAAUUUGCAAAUCAAUCUGUUGAAGUUUGCACUUUCCAUACGGGCUUAUUCUCCAACUGUUCAGAUGUUUCAGCAGAUUGCAGCUGAUGAACCUCCACCAGAAGGCUGCAGUGCAUUUGUGGUUAUCCAUGAGAAGCACACCUGUAAGACUAAUGAAAUAAAAAAGCUGCUGAAGAAGGCUACUAAGAGACCCAGGCCAUAUCUUUUUAAAGGAGACCAUAAAUUUCCAGCUGUCAAAGAGGAUGGCCCAGUGGUUGUUCUGUAUGCAGAAAUGGGUACAAAAGACUUUGCCAAAUUCCACAAGAUUUUGUCUGAGAAGGCACAAAAGGAGGAAAUUGUUUAUGUUCUCCGGCAUUAUGUUCAGAAACCAGGUUCCAGGAAAAUGUAUUUAUCUGGAUAUAGUGUGGAACUUGCAAUAAAGAGUACAGAAUAUAAAGCAGUAGAUGACACGCAGGUUAAAGGAGCAAAUGAGACAAAAGAAGAGGAAGAUGAGGAAGAGGAAGAGGAAAGUGAUGUCCAAGGAUUUCUCUUUGGCAAAUUAAAGCAGAUAUAUCCUGAUCUGAAAAAUAACCUGAAAAAGUUUAAAAAACAUCUAAUUGAAACUACUAACAACAUGGAACCGCUGAAGGUUUGGGAGCUACAGGAUCUUAGUUUUCAAGCAGCUGCUCGAGUUAUGUCUACCCCUGUUUAUGAUGCUUUAAAGGUAAUGAAAGACAUUGCUCAGAACUUCCCAAUAAGAGCCAGGAGAUGCCAUGAAGACAUGCUAAUUCUUCAGGCUCUUAUGGUUGAAUGCGUAGUCCUUGCGGAUUUUACUGGAUUGAUAUUUUCUCGGCAUUUUCAUGAAACACUUGGAAUCCAACCUGGAGAAGCACAUUUAUUUCUAAAUGGCCUUCCUAUUGACUUGGAUUUUCAUGAUCCUUUUAGUAUCUUAGAGACUCUUAAAGUGGAAGGAAAAGUGAUGCAUGGCCUUCAUGAACUUGGAAUCAAAGAGGAGAUCCUGAGUAAAUUUAUGAGGUUGCAUAUACAUCCUACAGAUAACAGUUAUGCGCUAGAUAUUCGUCACUCUUCGAUAGUAUGGAUUAAUAAUAUAGAACAAGAUCACAGCUAUAGCACAUGGCCUGAAAGCUAUCAGGAACUGCUAAGACCCACACUUCCUGGAGUUCUGCAGCAGAUUAGACGCAAUUUACAUAAUUUGGUACUUUUUGUUGAUCCUGUCCAAGAAGAUACAGGUGAUUACAUGAAAGUGGCAGAGUUAUUCUACCAUUAUAAUGUACCACUUAGAAUUGGAAUUGUUUUCAUUUUAAAUACAAAAGAAGAAAUUGAUGGAAAUGAAGAUGCUGGAAUAGCUCUUUGGAGAAGUUUUAGUUACAUUGCGGAGGAAUAUGACACCUUUCAGGCCUUUACCUCAAUAAUUAAGAUGUACCAUGAAGUGAGAGAUGGAAGUGUUCUAACAGUAGAUGAUGUGAAAGAUGUCCUUAGAAGUGAAUACCCCAAUGCUGAUGUUCAGAGUAUACUAGGUGUUCAUUCUGAACAUGAUGAAGGGAGGAAGGCAGGAGCAACCUUUUAUAAAAGGAGUGGCCUGGGCCCAUUGCCUCAAGUGCUGUUUAAUGGCGUGCCCUUUAAUAGAGACGAGAUGGAUGUUGAAGAGUUAGAGACAGUUAUUCUUCAGAGGAUUAUUGAUGCCACCAAGUUCUUCCAGCGGGCAGUGUUCAUGGGUUUGCUAAAUGAUCACAUGAAUGCAAUAGAUUUUCUUAUGGACCAGAACAACAUAGUUUCCCGUAUAAACCCCACUAUUCUUGGAGCAGAAAGAAGAUACAUACCUUUCAGACCCACAUCUGUUCCAUUUGAUGUGGAAGACUUCUCUACUUUCUCCUUUUUGGACUCGCAAGAUAAAAGUGCUGUAAUUUCAGACAACAUGAAGUAUUUAACAAAAAAGGAUGAAGACGCAGUAUAUGCUGUUACUAUCUGGAUUAUUGCUGAUUUUGAUAAGCCAUCUGGUAGACGACUGCUUUCUAAUGCCUUGAAAAGCCUGAAAACAAGCAGUCAUACACGACUAGGGAUUUUGAACAAUCCUUCAUCAAAAAUAAAGGAAUCUAACACAGCCAUUGCAAGAGGAAUUUUGUCUGCUUUUCUAACACAAAAUAACAGCAACUUAAAAAGUUUCCUCAGUAAACUCAGUAAGGAAGAGACAGCAAAAUCCCUUGCUGCUGGAACUAAAAUUACUAAAUUCCUCAUCCCAGGAAUGGAUGGCAAUACUUUUGAGAAGAAGUACAACACUUUAGGACUGGAUUUAAUUAAAACCCACCAGAUGUUCUGCCAGGAGGUUCUUAAACUGCUUCCUGGGCAAAUGGCUGUUAUGAGCAAUGGCAGGGUACUGGGUCCUUUAGAUGAAAAUGAAUUCUAUGCAGAAGACUUUGAUUUGUUAGAAAAGAUAACAUACAGUACCUCUGCAGAGAAGAUUAAAGCUCUUGUCAAAGAGAUGGGAAACAGCAGUAAAAGUGGCAGUGAUUUGAUUAUGAAAAUAGAUGCCCUGCUGUCAUCUUUGCCUAAAACAGAGACGAGACAGGAUGCUGAAUUACUUAAAGAGCAGCACAGCGUAGUAAAAGUCGACCCCCAACAAAACGAACCAUUCUAUGAUGUUAUUGCUAUUGUGGAUCCAUUGACAAGAGAAGCACAGAAGAUGUCUCAUUUAUUGAUUGUACUCAAGGACGUUAUCAAUAUGAAGCUCAGGUUAUUUUUGAAUUGCAAAUCUAAGCUGUCAGAACUGCCACUGAAGAGCUUCUAUCGGUUUGUUCUGGAACCAGAAUUAAAUUAUGGGAUUAACAAACACCUUCCUUCUGAACCUGUGGCAAAAUUCCUAGAAUUGCCAGAAUCGCCUCUUUUGACUCUAAACAUGAUCACUCCAGAAAGCUGGUUGGUUGAAGCAGUAAACAGUUCCUGUGAUCUCGAUAACAUUCAUUUACAGGAGGUAAAAGGGGCAGUUAUAGCAGAAUAUGAACUGGAAUAUAUAUUGCUUGAAGGGCAUUGCUUUGAUGUGACAACUGGACAACCUCCUCGAGGGUUACAGUUCACUUUGGGCACAAAGAAUAAUCCUGUCGUGGUUGAUACUAUUGUGAUGGCCAACCUUGGAUAUUUUCAGCUGAAAGCAAAUCCAGGCGCUUGGACACUGAGGUUGCGUAAAGGAAGAUCUGAAGAGAUUUAUCAGGUUUUUUCCCAUGAAGGAACAGAUUCUGUUGCUGACCUGACAGACAUUAUUGUGGUAUUAAACAACUUCAGAAGCAAAAUUAUCAAAGUUCAAGUACAGAAAAAGCCUGAUAAAAUGAAUGAAGAUCUCCUUACAGAUGGAACAGGAAAAUAUGGAAAUCUGGAAUCAGUUACAAGAUUUUCAGAAGAAAUUCCAACAGAAGAGAAGGAAAAGAAAAGUGAUAUUCUUAACAUUUUUUCUGUUGCUUCAGGCCAUUUAUAUGAACGUUUUUUAAGAAUUAUGAUGCUUUCUGUCCUACGUCAUACAAAAACACCAGUUAAAUUUUGGUUUCUGAAAAACUACCUCUCCCCUACAUUUAAGGAUGUUAUUCCUCACAUGGCUAAAAAGUAUGGUUUCAGCUAUGAGUUAGUACAGUAUAAGUGGCCCCGCUGGCUUUAUCAACAGACAGAAAAACAGAGAAUUAUCUGGGGCUACAAAAUUCUUUUCUUGGAUGUUCUUUUCCCUUUGGCUGUGGAUAAAAUAAUAUUUGUCGAUGCUGACCAGAUUGUGAGAAGUGACCUGAAAGAACUCAGAGAUCUAGAUCUAAAUGGAGCUCCCUAUGGAUACACACCUUUCUGUGACAGCCGUAAGGAAAUGGAUGGGUACCGUUUCUGGAAAUCAGGAUACUGGGCAUCACAUCUUGGGAAAAGGAAAUACCAUAUUAGUGCCUUAUAUGUUGUGGAUCUGAAGACGUUCAGAAAGAUUGCAGCUGGAGACAGGCUUCGGGGCCAGUACCAGGCUCUUAGUCAAGAUCCAAACAGUCUGUCAAAUCUAGAUCAGGAUCUCCCCAAUAACAUGAUUCAUCAAGUAGCCAUUAAGUCUCUCCCUCAGGAGUGGCUUUGGUGUGAAACCUGGUGUGAUGAUCAGUCCAAGAAAAAGGCUAAAACAAUAGACUUGUGCAACAAUCCCCAAACCAAAGAACCAAAAUUAGAGGCUGCUGCCCGGAUAGUUCCUGAAUGGGUUGACUACGACUCUGAGAUACGAAAGUUAAUACAGCAAAUUGAAAAAGAGAAGAAAAAUCUAACAUCGUUAUUUCAAAAAGGUCUUAAACAUGAUGAACUUUAGCACAGCCCUUGAACAACAAUGGUGACAACUCAAUAGUCUUUGGGAAAAGACUGAAGGGGAGUUACAAAUGUUACAAUGGCACUAUUUGCAACAUUCUUUAAUGUUAAGUCAAAUAUUUUAUAACUUAUAGUGUUAUUUAAAACAUUUUAAAUGCAGUACAAAACCGAGAAAUCCACAGGUACUUGGGGUUGUGGCUUUUUUUACCCAGUAUGGAGUUUGGUUUUCUUUUCCUUCUUUAAAGUACAGUUUGCCCAGAGGAUUUUAGAAUAUGAAGAAAGAGGUGUUCAGCUUCUCAAAGAUACGUUGUCAGUCUGGGGGAGGACCAUACACAUUAAAUAUGUACAUGAAAACUGGUUUGUGCAUAUUACAUGCAUUAAGUUUAUGUAUUAAAACAUCAAGAGUUUUGGUUAUAUGUCUAUAGUUUUGUCCCUGGAGAACUGCUGUGGUCACAAGAAAGAAUCUCAGUGUAGCAAAGAUAAGACACAGAAAAUAACUUUAGUAAUUUAGACCACACAAAGAUAAGUCAACUUGGAAGCUAAAAACAAGGAAUGACACUUUUCAUUUAUUGUGCAGGAUUGCUGCACUCUUACAAAUUUUAAAAACUAAGUUUUGAUUCUUAGGCUCCUUUUGGUCACUUAAAUAGUGUGUCAUAAAAUUCCAUUAUGACUUUGGUUAAGGUGGUUUUCCAACCAGCACACAUUGCAUCAGAAGGUCAGUACCUGAAAGCUGUUUCUACUUGGUUUUGAUUAUCAUCAUCCUGUUUAAAACUGAAAAUAAAAUAAUAAAAUAUGUGAGUAUUUUUGAUUAUCA